AUGCAGUAUAACUUUCCUGAAGAUAAGAUAAAAUUGAUCGAAAAAAAUUUUAAUUUAAUAGAUGAUAACAAAGAUAAAAAAAUUAAUGAAAAUGAAUUUAAAACAUUAUUGAGAUUAAUGGGACAGACUAAAACGGAAAAGGAAUUUAAUACAAUUAUUGAAGAACAUUUUGAUGAUGAAAGUGAAGAAAAUGAAAAUAAUAAGAGUGAAAAUGGAAUAAAUAAAGAAUCUUUGAAAUUAGGGAAUGAUAAUCAUAUAAAAAAAUUAAACUUAAAAAUUAACAGAUCUAAAGAUGAAGUUAUGGGAAAUAGUAGAAAUAAUAUAGAAGACAAUACGAAAAUGAAUGAAUUAAUAAAAAAAAAAAAAAAGCCUAUUAAUUUUGAAAAAUUUUUGAAAUUAUUUAUGUUAACUUAUACUGAGCCUAUAUCAGUUGAUGAAUUAAUUAAAUCUUUUGAAAUGUUUGACAAUGAAAAAAGUGGAUAUAUAAAUAUGGAAAAAUUUAAAUAUAUUUUAACGAAUUGUAAUGAAAAAUUAAUUGAUACUGAUAUUAAUUUAUUUUUAAAUUCAUUUAAUUUUAAAGACAAAGAUAAAAUUGAUUAUGUUACAUUGUCUAAAAAAUUAAAAAACAUAAACUAA